GGAAAUGACAUUUUGCAAAGCACUAGUGGAGCAUUCGAGCACGGAAACAACAUUUUGCAUAGGACUAGUGGAGCAUUCGAUAUGCUACAAAAAUUGGCAUCGUUGUCGAAGAAAUGGCACUUUGCAUGGGACUAGUGGAGCAUUCGAGAUGAUAUCAAAAUUGAUGUCGUUGAUGGGGGAUUAC